UAUGUAUAAUUUCUUUUUUUUUUAAGGUGCUUUUACUUGGUGAAGUAGUCUGAUUGGCCCUUUCACAGUUUGGAUGAAUUUAGUGGACAAUCACUCCAGCCAUGUCGUAUAGCACAGGUUUUGGGGAUCCGGCUCAGUUAACCCAACGUAUAACUUCUAACAUCCAGAAGAUCACACAAUGCUCUGCAGAAAUACAAAGAAUACUAUAUAAACUUGGAACGCCACAAGAUACGCCUGAAUUGAGGCAACAGCUGCAACAGAAGCAACAAUACACGAACCAGCUUGCCAAAGAAACGGACAAAUACAUUAAAGAGUUUGGAGCUCUGCCUGCAACAAGUGAACAGCGUCAAAGAAAAAUACAAAAAGACCGUCUUGUAGGUGAGUUUACUACUGCGCUAACCAACUUCCAAAAGCUCCAAAGGCAAGCUGCAGAGAGAGAGAAGGAAUUUGUAGCCAGAGUGAGAGCCAGCUCCAGGGUAUCUGGUGGUGGUCCAGAAGAGAGUUACAGAGAAGGAACACUCGUUUCCUGGGACAGUCAACCUCAAGCACAAGUGCAAGAUGAAGAAAUUACCGAAGAUGAUCUUCGUCUUAUUGAGGAGAGAGAGUCUUCCAUCAGGCAGCUUGAGGCAGAUAUUAUGGAUAUUAAUGAAAUAUUUAAAGACCUAGGAAUGAUGAUUCAUGAACAAGGAGAUGUGAUAGACAGCAUAGAAGCCAACGUAGAAAAUGCUGAAGUCCAUGUCCAGCAAGCAAACCAGCAGCUUUCAAGAGCAUCAGACUAUCAGCGCAAGUCACGGAAGAAAAUGUGUAUCCUUGCUGUUAUACUGGCGGUUGGAGCAUUGGUUCUUGGACUCAUCAUAUGGGGAUCUACAAAAUAAGAUUGUAGAAAGACCAUUGAAAUUGAUCUUUAAAUUAUGCAAGGAAACUGCUACAAUCAUGGUUUCUCAUUGUGAAGCUGUUGAGUAAAUAAUGAUUGCAUACUUUAUAGUUUUUGCUUUUUAUAAAACAAUUUUUUUUAAACCUGAGAGGUGACCCUUUUUUCCUCAGUAUUGCAAGCUCGUAUAACUUCCUUACAGUCUUGGACUGUGAUUGCUGUCUUGCAAGGACAGUUGGUCAACUUUAUAAAUUACUGUAUCGUUGUUAAACUUAAGGACAUUAAAAACUCCUAAGUGUGGGAGCUAAUCAACCAUUCUGAUCUAAGAUGGGCAUAACUUUUCUGGGGGGAGGGAAUAUUUAAGUGUUGCCUCAUCAAAUCAAAUGUUCUUGAACUCAUUGCUGUCCUUGAGGCAACACAUUUGUCUUUCAAAUUAUGUUUGAACUAAUGAAGUCAACUGACUAUUUGCUAUGGGUCAUUCCGAGUAAAAUACAGGUUGCUAAUAUCAAUGUAAUCAGUCUUUACUAUUGAAGGCUUUGGAUUAAGCCUUUAGUUUGUUUGCCUGUGAAAUCUUUCAGACGUUUCAUAUUUCUCUACCUGGCACUAAACACCAGUGUGCCUAGAAAAGCCUGCUGUAAAGAUAUGGUUGAUAGUAUAAUUUAUGAACAUAGACCUUUUGAUUUGAUUCUUGAAUUUAGAAAUAGGACUUGGCAUUUUGUGCACCUAACUUAUGCACACGUGUAUCUAUAAAAUAAGUGUACAUAAGUGAAUGUGACUAAAAGAAAAUCUAGCUCUAAUUUCUUAUGGAUCCAAAUAUGAUAUUGGGAAUAGUGAAAAUUCCCUGUUUCUUUAACUGCACUUGAAUGCCAAUCAUCUGAGGCUGCUGCCAUGAUUCAGCUUCUAAAAUAGUACAACAGGUCCAGUUUACAAAAAUGCAUUUUUCUUGACAACCAGGGGAGGAGGACUAAGAGUUAAUUCAGAGUCUUGGUAUUUAGAGGUAAGACCCCAAUCAGUAGAACUGAUUCAGCUUGCUCAGAAGUUUAGCUACACUUACAGCCUUUUUCUUUAUAGUGCCAUUUUGUACUAAUCCGUAUUAGAACGGUAAUGGAUUUUGCCAACAUUGUCUUGUCUUUUUAAUUGAUAUAUUAGUGCACUAAACCAGGAUAGUGUACAGAUGAAAAUGUCAGUUAAUCUGUAUUUUAUAAAAGUUCUUGUACAGCAGUUUAAUAGAGAAUGCACUGUUUACAUGGCAAGAUAUGAAAUUUAUUGGGAACAAUUUAACUGUAAGCAUCAAUGGAUUAAAAUUGUAGCCACAUAAUCAAAAUAAAGAUGUUUUUAAAGACUGAA